AAGCAGGAAAGAGUGUUCUGCUUCCAUGCGAUUAUGACUACCUCGACGGGCAUAUGGCUCGCAGACAACCCUCUCUUGUUCUCCCUUCCUCUCCUUCUUUUUCAGAUCGUUGUCGUCUUCAUCUUCACACGCAUCAGCCACUCCAUCCUCCGGCGCCUCUCCAUUCCUAUCGUCAUCUCGCAGAUCAUAGCGGGGAUUCUACUGGGCCCAUCCUGUAUGGGACGGAUCAAACCCAUCGAAAGGAUUCUUUUCUCCCCUCGCAGCUGGGAACAGCUAAACACCAUCUCGCUUCUCUCCUUCAUGCUCUUCCUCUUCCUCAUCGGCCUGAAAACGGACCUCAGCAUGAUCCCAAAAGCAGGCAGAAAAGCCUUCGCCAUCGCCAUCUGCACAUCCUUCUUCCCAUUCGCGAUCAUCGUCCUCACCGGCUUCCUCCUGAAAUCCAGCAUCCCCUUACGCUUCAAACAGAGAUUCCUCAUCACCAACUUAGCGUCCUCCUGGAGCAUGACUUCCUACACCGUCGUGUCAUGCGUCCUCGCCGAUCUCAAUCUCCUCACAUCAAAACUCGGCCGCCUCGCAAUGUCCGCCACUCUAAUCACCGAGUUCACCAAUCUCUUCAUCACCGCCGUAAUCGGCUCUUACUUGCUGGGAAGCAAGGGCGAUUCUGCCCUAAUGGGAGUGACAUCAAUGGCUGCUUUUCUAGGGUUUAUGGCGUUUCUUGUGUUUGUGGCGAGGCCAUUGACGAUUUUGGCGAUAAGAAAAACAACGCCGGAAGGUGGAAUGCUCGAUGAGGCGUGCUUUGUUGGGGUGAUUCUCCUUGCUUUCGUUUGUGGGUUUGUGAGUGAGCUGAUUGGGUAUCAUGCGACGAUGGGGCCGUUUAUGUUGGGAUUGAUGUUGCCGGGAGGGGCGCCAUUGGGGGUGACGAUGGUGGAGAAAUUGGAGAGACUGGUGGUGGGGGUAUUCUUGCCGGUGUUCUUGGCGUCGGCGGGGCUGAGGUUGGAUUUGUGGACAUUGGGGGAUAGGGUGGAGGAAUGGAUGGUUUUGUUCUUCUAUUUGAUGAUUGGGGUUUCAGCGAAGUUUGUCGGUGGAGUGGUGCCGUGCUUCUAUUGCAAGAUGCCAAUGAGGGAUUGUCUUGCCAUUGGGUUGAUGAUGAUUAGCAAAGGGAUUUAUGAGAUCGAUUCGGCUUGCAGGUGGCAGGAUAACAGGGUGAGUUCCUCUUUACUCUUUUUCAUCCUCAUUCUUUUGGAGAGAUUAUUCUGUGUAGACAUUAUUGUGGACAGGCAGUUAUUCACAGUCCUGGUCUUAGCUAUCGUAGUUGUCGGCGGCGGCUCAGCGCCGCUAGUCAAACACAUCUACCGUCCCGAAGACCGCUUCGUAGCUUACAAGCGCCGCGCCAUCCAAUUCCUCAAGAGCAACAGCGAGCUCCGCAUCCUCUCCUGCAUCCACGGCCAGGAACACGUUAACGGUAUGCUCACGCUCCUCGACAGCGCCCACCCUACCGCUCUAAGCCCCGUCUGCCUCUACGCUCUCCACCUAAAACCUCUCGCUGGCCGCGCCGCCACACUCCUCGCCCCUUAUACCCGCCACCGCACCCCCUUCGAUGCCUCCGCCGCCUCUGACACCGACCACAUCUUCAACGCCUUCCUCCAAGCCGAGCAGCUCUACACUGGCUGCUCCAUUCUCCCCUACGUCUGCAUCUCUCCUUACGCCAGCAUGCAUGAGGAUAUCUGCUCCCUCGCUCUUGACAAGAAGGUCUUCCUCAUCAUCGUCCCCUUUCACAAGCACCUCGCCAUCGACGGCUCCGUCUCCGCCCCCAUACCCGCCAUCCAAGCAGUCAAUUCGGCCGUCCUUCGCUUCGCACCCUGCUCCGUCGCAGUCCUCGUCAACCACGGCCUCGCAGCAGAAUCCUCCGCCUUCCGCGCCGGCGGCAUUCCGCACGCCGCCGUAUACUUCUUCGGCGGACCGGACGACCGCGAAGCACUCGCUUUAGGGCUCCGCAUGGCCGAAGACUCCUCCGUCGGGCUCACCGUAGUGAGGUUUCGGCUACCGAAUGCGACAAUGGAGGGAACAGAGGAAAGACUGGAUGAAAGAAUGAUGGAGGAUGUGAGGAUAAGGAAAUCGGAUGGAAGCAGAGUGGUUUACAGGGAGGAGGUGGUGAAAGAUGGGGAGGGGACGGUGGCGGUGAUAAGGGAAAUAAGCGUGAGGUUUAGUUUGUUGUUAGUUGGCCGGGGCGAUGGGAAGGAGACGGAGCUGACGUCGGGAUUGUCGAUUUGGAGUGAGUUUGCGGAGCUGGGGACUAUCGGGGAUUUGUUGGCCUCGACGGAUUUUGGAGGUAGGGUUUCGACUCUGGUGGUUCAGCAGCAGAGGAGGGUGGCGGGGAAUGGGCAACCGGAGAGUGUGAGGAUGGGUAAAGCGGUUAAGAACGAAGUUGAUGAAGAAGAUGAUUGAUUUGGGGGACAAAUUGAAGAUUUUUGAAGAAGGAAUCGACGGUUUAGUGAAUCUGAAUGUGAUUAUUAGAGUUGAAUACUGAUAGUAUAGUUUUUUAUUUUCUUCAAUUAGUGGCGACGAGCUCUUUCGGUGAACGAAUUUCAAUGAGCUAAGCGUCGUUCGGUUGUU